AUUGCAAGUUAAUUGCAACUAACGGUUUUUGUUUAGUAGCAAAACUUCAACAGGACGAGCAGGACUCGGAAACGAAAGAAAACUGCAAGUAGUGACUGAAAAAAUUUAUAAAUAAAAGUUACAAGCUGAUCGUUGAGCAUGUGCAACACUUCGCUGCAACAUAACGGCUUCAAUAAUACGGUUGAUCCUUUAUCGUUUUCAACGCUUCAUCUUCUACGCACGUGUAAUCGGUUAAUGCUACCAAAUACAGAUGCGCAAAGUUACUACAACAUGACGAAGAAUAUUGGCGAUGUCAACGUAGACGAAGCUAUUUCUUCCUCCAUACCACCCAAGUCACCGUUAUUGGAUAUUAUUGAACCGUUAUCGAUGGCAGACUCUACAGACUCUCUUGAUGUUGAGACCCACAUAGAUAGCCGAAAAUACGACGACAACGUACAAAGUGGAAAAAUGCAGGGUUCUUCUUUAACAGCCACAAUCGGCCAUGAAAUAUCUACUAUACCUACAACAACAACACAAACACUCUGCAGCAACCCCAGCUUGCCGUUACCAUUGCCAACGAUUGGUCUCUUACCAAUUGCCGGCGGAGCCUUGACAGCUAAUAAACCAACUUUACCCGCCUUCGAAUAUAUUUCUCCCACAAAUCAUACGCUCAGCAUCGCCGACUUUCCCUUGAUGGAGCUGAAUAGAGUCGGUGUAUUUCCUGCGUUCCUGCAUCGACGUUCACGCGGCGAAAAGCGCCCCAUACCGGACGAGCAAAAAGAUGAGAAAUACUAUGAACGACGUAAACGAAACAAUGAAGCAGCAAAAAAAUCACGUGAUGCCCGAAAAAUACGCGAAGAUCGCAUUGCAUUCAGAGCCGCCAUACUCGAGCAAGAGAACUCGAUUUUGCGUGCGCAGGUUAUGGCCCUACGCGAUGAAUUGCAAACUAUGCGACGGCUCGUUGGUUCGAGUUCAACGUCUGCAACAGCCGCUGUUUUAGGCGCUGGCGGCAGGGGUCUAAUAGCGUUGUAAACAUUUAAAGAAGACGUCGUCCUCUGCAAUGUUUUACAAAGGCGUAUGGAGGUUUUAAAAUUAGAAAAGGAAAAUCACUUGUCAUCGAUGUUUCUCGACUAGACUGGUUAAGUGGGAGUUUUGACUGUUAGCUCUUUGUUCUUUUUACUAUAAGUAACACUAUGGCUUCAAGAACGUCACUCACAGCUAAUACCUCCACCAGGAAUGGCGUGCAGGGGUGCAUGCUGCUUGGAUCCCCUCUUUCGUCUCACAAUGCUUGCCUUUCAUCGGGCUUUUCAGGCAAGAAAACAAAAAAAGUCCGGGAGCCACAUCUGGGCUGUAGGACGGCUGCGGAAGUGUUGGGAUACCAGCCUUGGUUUUUAGCUGUUCACAAGAAAGUGAGGACCAUCUUCGCGCACACCUUGCGCAUGUUCAAGUGCGCUGUCACAAUGUCAUGAACCAAAGAUUUUGAUAAAUUUAACAUCUUAGCAAUUAAACGAAUACUUAGUCGGCGGUCUAAGUUCAAAACUUUGAACUUUGUCGGUGUUUGUCGGAGUCGCAGGUUUCCCAGCAUGGUCUUCAUCAGCCAUCUCUUCCCGACCCUACAAAAAGGCCUCGUGCCACCGAAACACAUCACUUCUUGCUAAAGCAACAUCUGGGUAAGCCUAUUUGAUCAUAUCAAACGUCUCUGUCGCAGAUUUUCCGAGUUUCGCGCACCUCUGCUCUAACGAACGCUGCAUUUUCGGGUUGCAACGCUCACAGAAACACAUGCGCGAAAGUGUUUGUCCUGACCCUCCAGGUGCUCGGAGAAAACUGACCAGCAGCGCGUUCGUUAGCUAGGAACACGCUCCGAAGGCCUGUCGCGGCGGAAGAAAAUCAGUCCUAUUACUUUCCGGACAAACCUUGUACAUUGCUGAGGUCCUGAUUACAUACAUAUAAGUUCUUCUGAAGACAUUAUAAGGCAUUCUGCAAUUAUCCUGAAAGCGGUAAGGCUGUGACCUUCUAGACCCAGCGAUUAAAUUGUGGGCAACGUAGUUUAACAGUCGGUAUGGUAGUUUUCUUAGUGCAAAAUGGACCGAUCGGUCUUCAGAAAAGAAGUCGAUGUGGACCUAUGCAAACUGAUAAAGUUAAAUUCUUAAACAUUUUCCCAAUAAAUAUAUAAAGUAAUACAAAAAAAAAAACAUAUUUUACUAUUGUAAAUUUAAUUUUAUGAUAAUUUUCAUUAAUCAAUGAUAACUUAACUCUUAAG